AUGAUCCGGAAGGUCCAAGCGAGGAACAAAUGAAGAAGAUCGCUCGAUUAACGGAUACGCAUCAAACCAUGUAAGUAAACCGAGUGCACUAUGAACUCUCUGGCCCCCUUGCGGUCUCCAAAGGACACUGUGACUUAGUCAACUACUGCGGACAGGGAAUAUUUCCUUAAGGUUAUGGAGGUCAUACACAUGAGGCUCGAAGCGAAGGGAAAGAAAUGGAGAUACGUCUUUAAGGCGUUGCUGUUGUUAGAAUACUGUCUCCGCAGCGGCUCGAUUGACGUAGCUAACUACUUCCGCCACCAAGAAUACUUGAAACACAUAGAAUCCCUCCGACUUUUCCAAUACACUGAUGAAGGUGGAAAGGACAAGGGAGCACUGGUCAGAAGGCUAGCUAAUAACGUGUAUAUUCUUCUUAAAGAUAAGGAUAAGUUGAAGAGGGAGAGGAGAGGGAGGACCUUAUAUCCGGAUAGUAGUGAGGAAGAUGAGGGCGAAAGUGGAGACGAAGUUAGGUCGCCCGGUCCUGAGAUGAGGAAGGGCGGAGGUAGCGUCGACCGCUCGAGUGACUUGAAUCCGACGGGAGCAACUGAGGAGGAACUCUUGAACAGGGCGAUAGAAGAAAGCAAAGCAAUGGCCAAUGGUACAAGCGGAAAGAGUCCAAUAGCUUCUGCAUCCACCUCCCCUAUCACCCCCUCCUCUACCCGUCAUCACCUCACAGACGGCCAAGGUGAUCUAGACCCGAAAGAACUAGAUGAUCUUGAGAGGGCGAUUCAGGAAAGUAGGAUGAUGUAUGAUGCCGCCGAACGAGAGAGAUUACAAAGGGAGAGCCAGCGGGAACGGGAGCAGGAAAGGAAUCGACAAAGGGAGUUGGUCCCGCGGACGGAGAAACGGGGUAGAAUUUAUCCCGAUGUUGGCAUAAGCAGCAACCGCACAAGUCCCGAAACGUUGCGUUUUCCCCUUCCUACCUUCGAAAAGACCACCUUAGCGCCACGUCCCCCUAUCUCCCCUUCAGCAUCGACAUCAGCACGCUCCCGCAGUGGUUCUUCUGUCAUUCACAGCCCUUCGCUCAGCAUCACGAAUCCAGAUCCUGGUCCAAGUCGUCAUCUUUCCUACUCAAGUUCCCAAACAAGACCAACUUCUUCACACACAGCCUCAUCUCCACAUCAUGAUGAACAGUCACCCAUCCCAAGGACCGAAAUGACACAUUUCCCAGCGCCGGAGCGGGAACAUGAAAGGCCACCGGUACCGUCUGGAUCACCUACACUUAUGCUUCCUCCACGCCUAGACUUUGAGGAGCUAGAGGGAGAGGAGGAACUGCCUCCUUACUCUGAAAUGUGAUAAGCAGGGCAUCCACAUCGGCAUGCGAAUGUAGAAAUUACUCAUGGACCCCUUUCUUUCUUUC